UACACAUACAUUGCACGUGGUCGAGAGGCUAGAUCAUGGAGGUGACUGAAGGUAGCUACGACUGAUGUGCAGACGACAUCGCAUAACAGUUUGAUAGGUUUGCGUUUUGGCCUUUUUCUGAAAUGGCGGACACAGAACACGAAGAAGGCCUAGAAGAAAAAGAGGCCAAUAAGCCAGAGAGCCCCAAGCCUGAUCAAGAAGUCGCACCACCACUCAUAAGCAAAGAUGACAAGGAGGCGAAGAAGCAAGCACAAAAGCCACAGGUCAAGACUACAACCAAAGCUAAAAAUGUGAUACUGUCUGGAGAAACUAUGAAGGAAAUGCAAAAGCAGGCUAAGGCAAACAAGGAAGAGAGGCGGCUGCAGCUGGAUGGUAGACACAAAUAUCUUUUUGAGCAGAUGGCUAAUGCCCUUAGUCUUGAUCUGGCUACCGUGGAAGAUACCAUUCUUGGAGAUGAGAAGUUUGAUGCAAUGGAGAGCUUUUUUGUUGCCAAUGGAUCACGAAGAUUGAUGUUCUUUUAUCAGGAGGCAGCUGGAGGUUAUCAGCGCUCUGUUGGUAAUAACCAGACCCCCGGAAAGAAGCUGUUCAUUUCCAACGGAGACACAGAGAGUCUACAUGGUAUGUGCCUCUUUUUCCUGCGUACUACUGUCAAAGGUAUUACCAUCCAGAAUGUAGCUCAAGAGGUGAAUUUUGGAACUUUGGACUGCAGGGGCAAGGUGCUAAGUGGGUUUGAAAAACACCUCUCCAGAAUUGUUUUGCCUGCCUUAAAGUCCUUGGAGCAAUGGGGCACACUGACCAAGGAGCGAGGUGGGGGAAAGGCAGCCACAGAGGAGGAGACAACUCCAUCAGACAAAAGUGGUAUUGCGAUAAGUGAACAGGUGGUGGAUUUCUUGGAACAGGUGGAGAAAUUUGUCAACAGCCUCAUGUCAGCUCGUAGCAAUAUGGAAGGGCGUGUGGAGCUGGCUGAGAAUGGUGUUGGCCCUAUCAUUGACACGAUCAAGACACCAGCGGACUAUCAAGAUGCUGCCAGCAACACAGAAAGCCUGGAGAAGAUGGAAGAGCUAUUGUUGAUGUGGCUGAAGCAGAUCGAGCAGGUACUGGCAGAGAGUGAGCAAAUGAGGCGUGAAGCUGAUGACAUUGGCCCAACUGCUGAACUGGCUUACUGGAAGUCAAGAAUGGCCAAGUUCAAUAAUCUCCUUGAGCAGAUGAAAAGUCCACGUGUGAAAGCUGUAGUGGGUAUACUACAGGUCGCCAGGUCAAAAGCUCUCAAAAAGUGGAAAGAUCUGGAUGGGCGCAUUACAGAUGCAGCCAACGAGGCAAAGGACAAUGUUAAGUACCUUUACACACUGGACAAGUUCUUUGGUCCACUAGUCAAGUGCACACCAGCAACCAUGAUUGAGCACAUACCCAGUCUUAUGAAUGCAGUCCGCAUGAUCUACAGUAUUUCACAAUAUUACAACACUUCAGAGCGUAUGACCUCACUUUUUGUAAAGGUUACCAAUCAGAUGAUUACCACUUGCAAAGCUUACAUCUACCAAGGAGUUUCCAAAAUCUGGGAGCUCCCAAGACCAGUUUUACUUGAGCGCCUUGCAGAGUGCAUGAAACUGAACGAAGCCUACCAGCAUCACUUCCAGAAGACCAAAGAGCGCCUCAGAGAGAACCCUAAUGAGCGCCAGUUUGAAUUCAGCGAGAACUACAUCUUUGGCAAGUUUGAUACUUUCUGCAAACGCUUGGAAAAAAUUACUGACAUGGUCAACACCAUUGAGAUGUUUGCUGGCCUGCCAGAUAUCAAGAUUGAGGGAAUAGACACAAUUGGUGUGCGCUACAAGACAAUUGUUGAUGGAGCCAAAAAGAAGAACUAUGACAUACUUGACCAUCGCAAAGGAGAGUUUGACCAGGACUAUGUCGAUUUUCGUAACCAGGUGGAAAAUUUACAUAAUGCAAUCCAAACAUUCAUGGACUCCUGGUUCCAACGAUCCUUACCUACAGAAAAGGCAUUGGAACUGCUGGCCAAGUUUGAAGCAAUUGGUGGAGCUCAGCUUGACUUAACAGAGAAGUACAUUCGAGUCAUGUUGGGCUAUGGCCGUGACUUGGAACAGAUCCGAAAAGUCUACCAAAAGCAUAAAGCUGAACCAAUGGUCCCACGCAAUCUCCCACCUAUUGCAGGACGAAUCGCCUGGUCACGUCAACUGUAUCGCAAAAUUGAAAUGCCCAUGAAAGUUUUCAUGUCAAAGCCAGAAAUCCUUAAGAACCCUGAAGCAAAGAAGAUCAUACGAAACUUCAACAAAAUGGCUGGAGUUCUCUUGGAAUACGAACUGCUGUACCACAGGGGUUGGUGUCGUGCUGUGGAGGCUGCAAAAAGUGGGCUCAAUGCAUCUCUUCUGGUGAAGCAUCCAGAGACUGGUGACCUUUUUGUCAACUUUGACCCUCAGAUCAUGGAACUGAUCCAAGAAGCUAAAUACCUCCAAGCUAUGCAUCUUGAGGUGCCUGAGAUUACGAAAGAUCUUGUGGUGAAAGAGAAUAUGAUUCGUGAUAAUCAAGUGGCACUGCAAGAAAUGUUGUCUGAGUUCCACAGAAUAAAACAGUCCAUCCCACUUGUGCUACUGCCCCUUAUGCGCCCUUUCAUUGGGAUUGUUGAAGAAGCCAUCAAGCCUGGAGUCACCACCCUCACAUGGACAUCUGUCAGUGUCAAUACUUAUGUCACCAACAUCUAUACCACCAUGGCUGACCUUGCUAAGUUGACCAAAACUGUUUCGGACAUUCUGGACUGUCGUGUGGAAGCUGUUCUAAGUGAUAUGUCCAUGACGGCACUAUGUGACCUUCCAGAGGAAGAAGCCAUAACAGCUGACCAGUUCCUAGAACUGACUACUGAGACUGUGGAAAUGGCUUCACAGCAGCUUGCCAUUCAGUCACAACUGGCAGAGCGUUCUGUGAUGGAGCUUGUUGCCACCUUGCGUGAGCUGUUGCCUCCAGAACAACGUGUGAAUCUGACAGAAGAGGAGGGAUAUGCCUGUGUGCAGCCAGAUUCCAAGAACAAGAAGCAAAGAUGCCAAGAGUGUCAGCCUUGUUCGUACUACAGUCUACUGAACUACUUUACACAACGCAAUACAGAGGCAUUUGUGAAAUGUACUCGUUUGUCUUUGGAUGCUAUCAAGCGCCGCUUGCAGACGACACGCUAUACAAUAGGUGAUGAACCAAGGGAUGAAGCAAAGCCACCACUUUUUCGUGUAGAUGUGGUCCUGGCUAUCCCUAAUGUUGUGAUGCGGCCUAAUCUUGAAGAACUGCAGCACACGCUGAAUAAGGCAGUACAGAUCAUCCUUAAAGCUUCCCAGGAUGUUCCACAGUGGGAACAUCAAAUUUUGCACCAGCGUCAGCUACAGAAGGAACUUGAGAUGAUGGCUGCUGAACAGAAUGAUGAAGGUACUAAGCAUGCCCCUCCCUCACAGAUAAAGCCCUUGCACAAAGUGAUCAGUGAGCACAAGGAUGUCGUUAAAAUUGUCAUCCAGCUGAAUUCUAUCAUCUCCACAUUCAAGGGUGAUGUUCAGGAAUCUCUUGAUGUCUACACCAAAUAUUCAGAGUUGUGGGCAAAGGAACCAGACAUUGUGGUAAAGGAGUUCAUGAACAGCAAACCAAUCAUGUCUGAAAUUGAGGCACAGAUCAAGUACUAUCAAAGGUUGGAGCAGGAGAUUGAGGAAAUACAGCACACAUUCCGAGUGGGCUCAGUGUUGUUCUUGACAGACCGGCUGCGACUAGCACUAGUCACAGAGACACGCAACUGGAAGCAAACUUAUGCUAAAGCUCUGAAUGAAAAGUGUGCCCAAGAAAUGGACUCUAUCAUGGAAUUCAUUGACAGAUUGAACAAGCACCUCAGUCGACCAGUCAAAGACCUUGAUGAUGUGCGUGCUGCUAUGGCAGCACUCAAUGAGAUCAGAGAGAAUGAGAUUCGCAUUGACAUGACCAUUGGACCAGUUGAAGAAACCUAUGCUCUCCUUCACCGCUACAACAUCUUCUUCAAUGAUGGCAAUGCUGAACGGGUGGAUACCCUGUCCUACAGCUGGAGGAAGCUGAUUGCUCAAGCACAUCAAGUGCAGGAGCAUUUGCUGUCUAUUCAGCCAGCCUUCAAAGCUGAUUUACUGGCUGGUGUGACGCAGUUCAUUGCUGACUCCAAUGAAUUUGUGUCCGGCUACGACAAAUCUGGGCCCAUGGAACAUGGCAUUCCUCCAAGAGAAGCCUCUGAUCGCUUGAAUAUCUACCAGGCAAGGUUUGAUGAACUGUGGCGCAAGUAUGUGACUUACUCUGGAGGUGAGGAGCUGUUUGGACUGACAGUCACAGAAUAUCCAGAAAUGUUUCGCAUCCGCAAAGAGCUAAACCUGCUGCAGAAGCUGUAUCAGCUGUACAAUACUGUACUGGAGAAUGUCAGUGGAUACUACGACAUCCCCUGGGCUGACAUUGAGAUUGAGAAGAUCAAUGCAGAACUUCUUGACUUCCAGAACAAAUGUCGCAAGCUGCCCAAGGCUCUGAAAGAGUGGCAAGCCUUCCUUGAUUUGAGCAAAACCAUUAAUGACUUUAAUGAAACUUGUCCAUUAUUGGAGAUGAUGUCCAACAAGGCUAUGCAAGCUCGACACUGGGACCGCAUUGCUCAGAUAACUGGCCACACAUUUGAUGUGGAGUCUGAAAACUUCUUGCUUAGAGACUUGAUGAAGGCACCUCUCUUGAAAUACAAAGAAGACAUCGAGGAUAUUUGCAUCUCAGCUGUGAAGGAGAAGGACAUUGAGGCCAAGCUCAAGCAGGUCAUCAGUGACUGGGGGGCACAGAACUUCCAGUUCUCCAAUUUCAAAAGCCGUGGGGAACUUCUCUUAAAAGGUGAUGCAACAUCAGAGACUGUAGCUUUGAUGGAAGACAGCUUGAUGGUGCUUGGGUCCUUGCUUAGUAACAGAUACAAUGCUCCAUUCAAGCCUCAGAUUCAGGAAUGGGUGCAGAAGCUGACAGGAACAACGGAAAUCAUUGAAAACUGGUUGAUUGUGCAGAACCUGUGGAUCUACCUUGAAGCUGUGUUUGUGGGUGGUGACAUUGCUAAACAACUGCCUCAGGAAGCCAAGAGGUUUACCAAUAUUGACAAGUCUUGGCAAAAGAUCAUGCAGCGGGCACAUGAGAACUCCAAUGUAGUGCAGUGCUGUGUUGGUGAUGACACACUGUCUCAGCUCCUGCCUCACCUGUUGGAACAGCUGGAGAUUUGCCAGAAGUCUCUCACAGGUUACUUGGAAAAAAAACGCCUUGUAUUUCCCCGAUUCUUCUUUGUGUCAGACCCUGCUCUGCUGGAAAUUCUGGGUCAAGCCAGCGACUCACAUACUAUCCAGAACCACUUGCUGUCAGUGUUUGAUAAUACACGCCUAGUUACAUUUGAUGAGAAAGUAUACGACAAAAUCCUAGCCAUUAACUCUCAGGAGGGAGAACGUGUUGAUCUGGUUGAACCAGUCAUGGCCCAGGGUAAUGUGGAAGUCUGGCUGGGAGAUCUUCUCAGGAUUGGUCGUCGUUCUAUCCACACCAUCAUCCGUUCAGCUUCUGUGGCCAUUGGUGAUCAAGCCUUCAACCUGUUGGAGUUUGAAAAUACAUAUCCAGCGCAGAUUGGCCUGCUAGGUAUCCAGAUGAUCUGGACAAGGGACUCUGAAGAUGCUUUAAACAGUGCAAGAACAGACAAAAAGAUUAUGGUGGCAACCAACCAGAAAUUUCUGGACCUCUUGAACUUGCUGAUUGACCAGACCACAAAAGAUCUGACCAAGAUUGAGCGCACCAAGUAUGAGACGCUUAUCACUAUCCAUGUCCAUCAGAAGGACAUAUUUGAUGAUCUUGUACGCCUACACAUCAAGUCUGUCAAUGAUUUUGAAUGGCUAAAGCUCCGCUUUUACUACAAGGAGGAUACCGACCAGUGCCUCAUCUCCAUUACUGACGUCAACUUCAAUUACAUGAUGGAGUUCUUAGGCUGCACAGACCGUCUGGUUAUCACUCCUCUCACAGACAGAUGCUACAUUACCCUGGCCCAGGCACUGGGUAUGUCCCUGGGGGGAGCCCCAGCAGGACCUGCAGGCACAGGCAAAACAGAAACCACCAAAGACAUGGGGCGUUGCCUAGGGAAGUACGUUGUAGUUUUCAACUGCUCAGAUCAGAUGGACUACAGAGGACUGGGUAGAAUUUACAAAGGUCUAGCUCAGUCUGGCUCCUGGGGUUGCUUUGACGAGUUCAAUCGCAUUGAGCUCCCUGUGCUGUCAGUGGCAGCUCAGCAGAUAGCCAUUGUGUUGGCUUGCAAGAAGGAGCGCAAAUCUCAGUUCAUUUUCACUGAUGGUGAUGUUGUAGACAUGGACCCAGAGUUUGGACUCUUUUUGACAAUGAAUCCAGGGUAUGCUGGUCGGCAGGAACUGCCAGAAAAUCUUAAGAUCAACUUUCGAUCUGUGGCCAUGAUGGUGCCAGAUAGAGCCAUUAUCAUCCGUGUCAAACUGGCCAGCUGUGGUUUCCUGCAGAACAUUGUGCUGGCUAAAAAGUUUUUCACUUUAUACAAACUUUGUGAAGAGCAGCUCAGCAAACAGGUGCAUUAUGAUUUUGGUCUGCGCAACAUUUUGUCUGUGCUGAGAACCCUUGGAGCUUUCAAGCGUGCCAACCCUGAAGACAGUGAACAGACAAUAGUCAUGCGUGUCUUGCGUGACAUGAAUCUUUCCAAAUUAGUGGAUGAGGAUGAACCGUUGUUUAUGUCCCUCAUCGAUGACUUGUUCCCAGGCCUCACUUUGGACAAAGCUGGCUACCCAGAGAUUGAGGCAGCCAUUGAGAAAAAGGUGGCAGAAGGAGGUUUGAUCCACCAUGCCCCAUGGAUACUGAAACUGAUUCAGCUGUAUGAGACACAGAGAGUACGCCAUGGCAUGAUGACUUUAGGGCCCUCUGGUGCUGGCAAAACCUGCUGUAUACACAUGCUUAUGAAAGCCAUGACAGAGUGUGGCACUCCCCACAAAGAGAUGCGCAUGAACCCCAAGGCCAUUACUGCUCCCCAAAUGUUUGGCCGAUUGGAUGUUGCUACAAAUGAUUGGACCGAUGGGAUUUUCUCUACUCUUUGGCGCCGAACUCACAAGACAAAGAAAGGUGAGCACAUUUGGCUAGUGUUAGAUGGUCCUGUUGAUGCUAUAUGGAUAGAGAAUCUUAACUCUGUGCUGGAUGACAACAAGACCUUGACUCUGGCUAAUGGGGAUCGCAUCCCCAUGGCCCCCAACUGCAAGAUCAUCUUUGAAGUGCACAACAUUGACAAUGCAUCCCCAGCCACUGUGUCCCGAAAUGGCAUGGUCUUCAUGAGCAGUUCCAUUCUGGACUGGGACCCCAUCCUGAAAGGCUGGCUGCUUACCCGACCACCAACACAAAAAGAAGUGAUCUACAAUGAGUUUGAAGGGGUGUUUCCCAAGAUGUACACGUAUGCCAUGCAGUCUCUUGAGCCAAAGAUGGAGAUCCUGGAAUGUAACUACAUCAGACAAGCCAUCGAUUUACUGGAGGGUUUGAUUCCCAAGACGGAUGACAACAAAGAAAUUGGUGGAGAACACUUGCGCCGCCUCAUUGUCUUUGCCAUCAUGUGGUCCAUUGGUUCGCUGCUGGAGCUGAAUGACAGAAAGAAGAUGGAGGAAUGGCUUGUGUCAAACAGCCGCCUUCCACUUCCCCCAGCAAAAGGAGAGGACACAAUCUUUGAAUUUGUUGUUGGAGAAAAUGGAGAAUGGGAACAUUGGCUUAAGAGGGUACCAGAAUAUCAGUACCCAGCUGAUUCCACCCCAGAAUACACAUCCAUUCUGGUUCCAAAUGUGGACAAUGUCAGAACUGACUUCCUGAUACAGACCAUUGCCAAGCAGGGCAAAGCAAUCCUGCUGAUUGGUGAACAGGGUACAGCCAAGACUGUGAUGGUGCAGGGUUACUGUGGCAAAUUUGACCCAGAGACUCACAUCUUCAAGAGUUUUAACUUUUCUAGUGCCACAACUCCACAAAUGUUCCAGCGAACCAUUGAAAGCUAUGUGGACAAGCGAAUGGGUACAACGUAUGGUCCUCCAGCUGGAAAAAAGAUGACUGUUUUCGUUGAUGACAUCAACAUGCCCAUCAUCAAUGAAUGGGGUGAUCAGGUGACCAAUGAAAUCACACGCCAGAUGAUGGAGAACAGGGGCUUCUAUAAUUUGGAAAAGCCUGGAGAGUUCACUUCCUUGGUGGACAUCUCAGUCAUCUCAGCUAUGAUCCAUCCUGGUGGUGGCCGAAAUGACAUACCACAGCGCCUCAAGCGUCAGUUCAAUGUCUUCAACUGCACCCUGCCUUCCAACAGUUCUAUUGACAAAGUUUUCAAAACCAUCGGCGAAGGCUGGUUUAUUAAGCAACGAGGUUUCCCUGAUGAUGUGAUAGAGCUGGUAAAGUCAUUGGUAUCAGCAACAAGACGAGUGUGGCAGAAAACGAAAGUUCGAAUGCUGCCCACACCUGCAAAGUUCCACUAUGUCUUCAAUUUGCGUGAUCUCUCGCGCAUUUGGCAGGGCAUGCUGAACACUACUGGUGAAGUGAUCAACAGCACAACUGUUCUGAUGUCACUCUGGAAACAUGAAUGCACACGUGUGAUUUCAGACAGAUUCACUGAACAAAAUGACAAGGACUGGUUUGAAAAGACGAUCAAGCAGGUGGCAGAAGAAGACUGUGGGUCAGCAAUGGCUGGCAAUAUGCAUGCAGAACCAUACUUUGUGGACUUUAUGAGGGAUGCACCAGAACCCACAGGUGAAGAAGCUGAAGAUGCAGCUUUUGAGGCUCCUAAAAUCUAUGAGCCAAUCCCAUCUCUGGAGGGGUUAGCAGAGCGCUUGACCUCUUAUCAGGAGCAAUACAAUGAAAGUAUCCGUGGUGCCAAGAUGGACUUGGUGUUCUUCAAGGAUGCAAUGACCAAUCUGGUGCGAAUUUCACGCAUCAUCCGGACACCCCGUGGCCACGCACUGUUAGUCGGUGUGGGUGGGUCUGGCAAGCAGUCACUCACCCGCCUUGCCUCUUUCAUCGCAGGUUACAAGACUUUUCAGAUCACACUGUCCAGGUCCUACAAUGUUAGCAACUUGCUUGAGGAUCUGAAGUUCCUGUACCGUACAGCUGGCCAACAAGGACAGGGAAUCACCUUCCUCUUCACUGACAAUGAAAUCAAGGAUGAGGCCUUCCUAGAGUACAUGAACAACAUCCUGUCUUCUGGAGAGGUGUCAGGCCUGUUUGCAAGGGAUGAAAUGGAUGAGAUUUGUCAAGAGCUUAUUGCAGUGAUGAAGAGAGAGUUCCCUCGAAGACCUCCCACCAAUGAGAACCUCAAUGAUUUCUACCUGAGCCGUGUGCGGAAGAACCUGCAUGUUGUUCUCUGUUUUUCUCCAGUUGGUGAGAAGUUCCGCAACAGGUCCCUUAAGUUCCCAGGGCUUAUCUCAGGCUGCACCAUGGACUGGUUCCAGCGCUGGCCCAAGGAUGCCCUAGUGGCUGUCUCUUCCCACUUUCUGUCCUCAUUCGAUAUUGACUGCCAGCUGCCUGUCAAGCAAGCCAUGAUCAACACUAUGGGCAUGUUCCAAGAUAUGGUUGCUGAGACCUGUGUGCAAUACUUCCAACGUUUCCGUCGACAAACACAUGUCACCCCCAAAUCUUACUUGUCCUUCUUGGGAGGUUACAAGCAGAUCUACAAAGAAAAGAGAGACGAAAUUGGAACACUUGCUGACAGGAUGAAUACAGGUCUAAAGAAGCUGAUUGAGGCAUCAGAAUCAGUAAAUGAGCUCAGCAAGGAGCUGGCAGUGAAGGAAAAAGAGCUGGCUGUGGCAUCUAAGAAGGCUGACCAGGUGUUGGCAGAAGUGACAGUAAAAGCUCAGGCAGCUGAGAAAGUCAAAGCUCAGGUGCAGACAGUCAAGGACAAGGCCCAAGCCAUUGUGGAUGGCAUUUCAGUUGAUAAAGCUCAAGCAAUGGAAAAGUUGGAAGCUGCCCGGCCAGCCUUGGAAGAAGCUGAAGCAGCCUUACAGACUAUCAAGCCUGCACACAUCUCCACUGUACGCAAGCUGGCCAAGCCGCCACAUCUCAUCAUGCGCAUCAUGGACUGUGUAUUGCUUCUCUUUCAGCGCAGAUUGAACCCAGUUGAGGCUGAUCCUGAGCGGCCAUGUGUCAAACCUUCAUGGGGUGAGGCCCUCAAAAUGAUGAAUGCCUCCAACUUCCUGGCAACUCUGCUGACAUUCCCUAAGGACACCAUUAAUGCAGAGACUGUGGAACUGUUGGAACCCUACCUGACUAUGGAGGACUAUAAUCUUGAGAAUGCUAAAAAGGUGUGUGGUGACGUGGCUGGCCUCUGCUCUUGGACAGCUGCUAUGUCUUUUUUCUUUGGAAUCAACAAAGAGGUGUUGCCUUUGAAGGCCAACUUGGCAGUGCAAGAAGUUCGCCUGGAGGUUGCCAAUAGUGACCUUGCCAAGGCUCAGGCUACCCUGGAUGCUAAGCAGAAAGAGCUGGAUGUAGUGCAAGCGCAGUUUGACGCAGCAAUGGCAGAGAAACAGGCUCUCAUGGAUGAUGCUGAAGCUUGUCGACGUAAGAUGAAUAAUGCCGAAGCCCUGAUUAAUGGACUGUCAGGAGAAAAAAUUAGGUGGACUGAAGCAAGCAAAUCUUUUGACGCACAGAUCAAACGUCUUGUUGGUGAUGUACUUCUUGCGACAGGUUUCUUGUCAUACACAGGACCUUUCAAUCAGGAAUUCCGAAAUCUGAUCUUGAAGACCUGGAAGAAAGAGAUGGUCCAGUCCAAGAUACCUUUCACAGAGGAUCUGAACAUCAUACAGAUGCUGGUGCAUAAUACAGUCAUUGCUGAGUGGAACCUGCAGGGUCUACCCAAUGAUGAGCUGUCCAUUCAGAAUGGACUGAUUGUCACCAAGGCCUCGCGCUUCCCUCUCCUUAUUGACCCACAGGGUCAGGGCAAGGCCUGGAUCAGAAACAGAGAAGGCAACAAUGAUUUACAGAUCACAUCACUAAACCACAAGUACUUCAGGGCACACCUGGAAGAUGCUUUGUCUUUGGGUCGUCCACUUCUGAUUGAAGAUGUUGGUGAAGAACUAGAUCCAGCUCUGGACAAUGUUCUGGAGAAAAACUUCAUCAAGUCAGGCUCCACAUUCAAGGUUAAAGUAGGUGACAAGGAGUGUGAUGUGAUGUCUGGCUUCCGUCUGUAUAUCACCACCAAGCUUGGCAACCCUGCCUACACGCCAGAAGUGUCUGCUCGCACCUCCAUCAUCGACUUCACUGUAACAAUGAAAGGCCUUGAAGAUCAGCUGUUGGGUGUUGUCAUUUUGACAGAAAAACAGGAGCUGGAAGCAGAGCGCACCAAUUUGUUGGAGGAAGUGACCUCCAACAAGCGCAAGAUGAAAGAGCUGGAAGACAACCUGCUAUACAGACUCACCUCCACACAGGGUUCACUUGUGGAAGAUGAGUCUCUCAUUGAAGUACUCAGGGUCACAAAGGCAACUGCAGAAGAAGUCAGUGAGAAGUUGGCCAUUGCUGCGGAGACUGAGAUCAAGAUCAACAGUGCUCGUGAGGAGUUCAGACCAGUGGCCUUGCGUGGCAGCAUCUUGUACUUUGUGAUUGUGGAGAUGAGCAUGGUGAAUGUUAUGUACCAGACAUCUCUCAAGCAGUUCCUGGAACUCUUUGAUAUGUCUAUGGCUCGCUCACCCAAGUCACCCAUCACCAGCAAGCGUAUAAACAGCAUCAUUGAAUACCUCACACUGUCUGUUUUCCAGUAUACAGCACGGGGCCUGUAUGAGAUUGACAAAUUUCUGUACACUAUUUUGAUGACUCUUAAACUUGAGAUGGCUGCAGGUCGUGUCAAGGUUGAGGAAUUCAGUGUCUUCAUCAAAGGUGGUGCAGCCCUAGAUCUCAACGCUGUGGAGCCCAAGCCGAAGAAGUGGAUUACAGACAUGACCUGGUUGAACUUGGUGGAACUUAGCAAGCUCCCACAGUUCACACAGAUCCUUUCCCAAGUUGGCCGCAAUGACAAGGCCUGGAAAGCUUGGUUUGAUGAAGAUGCACCGGAGGAGUGCCCAGUCCCUGAUGGGUAUGCCAACACCCUAGACACAUUCCGGAAACUGCUGCUGAUCCGAUCCUGGUGUCCGGAUAGAACUGUCCCCAUGGCAAAGGUCUAUGUUGCUGAGGCCAUGGGCACUGCAUUUGCUGAAGGGGUUAUUCUCAACCUUGAGACCAUGUGGGAAGAAUCAAACAAGCGCACACCUCUCGUAGGCUUCCUGUCCAUGGGAUCAGACCCAACAGAAAAUAUUGAACGCCUGGCUAAACAGAAGGGACUCAUGAUUGGAGCAAUCUCCAUGGGUCAAGGUCAGGAUGUGCAUGCACGGCGAUUGAUGAAUGUGUCCAUGCAAGAAGGUCGCUGGGUACUUUUACAGAACUGCCACUUAGGCUUGGACUUUAUGGACGAGGCUCUGGACACAGUAUUAACAGCAGAAUCUGUAAAAGAUGGCUUUCGUCUGUGGAUGACCACAGAGCCCCAUCCCAAGUUUCCCAUCAACUUGCUGCAGUCUUCUAUAAAGUUUACCAAUGAACCCCCUCUAGGUGUCAAGGCUGGACUGAAGAGAACCUAUGGUGGCAUUACUCAGGAACAGCUGGAGUACAGCAAUAUGCCCAUGUGGAAGCCUAUGCUGUAUGGUGUUGCCUUCCUACACACCACCGUACAAGAGCGGCGUAAAUUUGGGCCCAUCGGCUGGAACAUCCCCUAUGAGUUCAACCAAGGUGACUUCAAUGCCACAGUGCAAUUUAUCCAGAACCAUUUAGAUGACCUGGAUCCAAAACGAGGUGUGAACUGGGUGACAGUGCGGUACAUGAUUGGUGAAGUGCAGUAUGGAGGACGUGUGACUGAUGACUAUGACAAGCGGCUUCUUAACACGUACACACGCGUGUGGUUCACUGAACACAUGUUCAAUGACAGCUUUAACUUCUACACAGGUUACAAGAUCCCUAAAUGCAAGACAAUAGAUGAGUACAGAAGCUAUAUUGAGGGUCUACCAUUAAUUGAUACACCAGAAUGCUUUGGCUUGCAUCCCAAUGCUGACAUCACGUACCAGACCAACACAGCAAACACCAUCCUGGACACCAUAGUCAAUAUCCAGCCCAAAGAUGCUGGUGGCGGUGGUGGCGAGACACGUGAGACAAUCGUCUAUCGUCUAGCAGAUGAUAUGCUGGAGAAGCUGCCCCAAGAUUAUGUGCCCUUUGAGGUUAAAGAAAGACUACGAAAGAUGGGUCACCUGCAGCCAUUAAAUAUCUUCUUGCGUCAGGAGAUUGAUCGUAUGCAAAGGGUCAUCAGUAAUGUGCGCACCACACUACAAGACCUUAAACUAGCCAUUGAUGGCACCAUCAUCAUGAGUGAAAACCUCCGUGAUGCUCUUGAUAACAUGUUUGAUGCUCGUGUUCCUAACUGGUGGAAAAAGAUCUCCUGGGAGUCAGCUACCCUUGGUUUCUGGUUCACUGAUUUGCUGGAUCGUAACACACAGUUCCACGCCUGGCUCUUUGAAGGUCGACCAACUUCAUUUUGGAUGACUGGCUUCUUCAACCCCCAGGGCUUUUUAACUGCCAUGAGACAGGAAAUCACACGUGCCCACAAGGGCUGGGCCUUGGACACCGUCAUUUUAGACAAUGACGUUACCCGCAUGAUGCGGGAGGAUGUUACUAAUGCACCUGGUGAAGGUGUCUACAUUCAUGGUUUGUACCUGGAUGGAGCUGGCUGGGAUCGACGAAAUGCUCGGCUGAUUGAGCCCACAGCUAAGGUGCUGUAUACAUCACUGCCAGUAGUCCAUGUAAGUGCAACCAACCAAGAGAAGCAGCGCUCAGCCGCCCUAUAUGAUUGUCCAGUCUACAAGAAGCCAAAGCGCACUGAUUUGACCUACAUCUUUCCUCUUUCGCUGAAGACACAAAAACCUGCAGAUUACUGGGUGCUGCGAGGUGUUGCCCUGCUCUGUGACAUCAAAUGAUCUUUUUAUAUUCUGAAGCCCAGCAAUAAUCUAGCAAAGGCAGACAAAUGGAAAUGUCUUUUAAGGUUUUUGGACAUUUUGUUGUUUAGGCAGGACGACACUUUACAUCAAUUUCUUCUCUGCUCUUCUCUAAUGCAGAGAGCUGUGUAAAAACCACGUAAAGAUACACAACAACAGGUGACAGAGUUUGUGAUAAUAAUGAUUUAAGAAAGAUAAUAAAAUUUAUGGUGAUAAUAAUUUUAUGUAACAAAAUCUGUGGUAAACUAAAUGAAAUGUAAUGUUUGCCAUUUAAGUGACCAGUAUUAUAUUUUUCAAGGUUUUAUCAAUUGUUUAGGUUUUGAACAUUACCAAAUGUCAAUUGGUUCAGUAGAGUCAAGAUGUGGUUGCUAGGCAAGACGCCUGUUUUAUUGUGGAUUUCUGUUUUGGACACUUGCUGCUGACAUGUAGUCAGUUGAUUCAAAAACUGUGUGCUGUGAUAGCUUGUGUGGUAGGUUAUGUGGUUAUUGAUUGGCAAGCUGUCAAUCCUAGAACUGCAGUGACUUUUGUAUUGCUACGCAAUGUUACUGUAUAUUUUCUGGCUUGAAAAAUUGGGUUGCAAUAUUUUUUAUUAAAGUUGUGCAAAAUUAUUUUUAAUUUUGUGCACUGUUUUAGGUUUUCUGUGCUUUAAGUAAUGAACUUACAACAAAGUAAUUUUAAUUUGUUAUAACUGGGCAAUGCUACAGUUAGCUAAAGUAUGUAUAUUUGGCUGUGAUGUAUAGAGUGCAAAGAGUGCUGUUGUCUAUUACAUAUCCAAAAUCACCUCUGUAAACAGUAUUAACAAUAUUAACAUAUGCUAGAUUAUACCAAUCUUCCAUUGGUGUCUUCAUUCUCUCGUAAUCAUCACAGUGUUUAUUCAUGAUGCUACUACCCUUUGUAUUGUUCUUUGAUGAUCAGUACUGCACAGUUUGAAGUACGAGACCAAAGAAAUGCCAUACUAUUUUAAUAUUGGACAAGCAGUUCUUUCAGCACAGACUGGACAAAAGUGGCAGAAAUAAGAUUUUUAACAAAUUGAUUUCAGGUUGUAGAUGUGCUGGGAACUAACACAUUUACCUGAUUUCAUUAAUCUAAAUUUAAGAACCUUUCUUGUUAGAUAACAUAUUACGGACGCAGUUGAAAUUUUUUUGUUGCAGGUGUAGUGAAAUGUGUUUUUAGAACCUUUAAGGGAUCAAUUUCUGCAUCUAUCAAAUUUCUUGACACAAAGGGACAUGUUCAACAGGACAAUGGGUUUCACAACCUUAAAUGGUUGAGGUAGAAGCUUGUUUCAUGAAGUGCAUUUGCAAAAUUGUAAGAAUAAAAAAAUAAAUUUUUACCACAUAGUUUAAAUGUAUUUUCUAUGCAACAGAAAAUAAAAAGGUUUUUGACAAAAA